UAAGCGCUAAGGAGGUGCGUGUUUGCGGCUAGGGAGCUCUCUCUCGGUUGGGGUCUGCAGUUUUGACCUCAUGGCGGAGAUAAUUCAGGAACGCAUAGAAGACCGACUUCCCGAGUUGGAACAGCUGGAGCGCAUUGGACUGUUCAGUCAUGCGGAGAUUAAGGCUAUCAUUAAGAAGGCCUCGGAUCUAGAAUACAGAAUACAGCGAAGAGCUCUUUGUAAGGAAGACUUUAUCAAUUAUGUUCAAUAUGAAAUUAAUCUUUUGGAGCUGAUCCAGAGAAGAAGAACUCGCAUUGGGUAUUCUUUUAAGAAGGAAGAGAUUGAGAGCUCUAUUGUACACCGGGUACAAGGUGUCUUUCGACGUGCUUCAGCAAAGUGGAAAGAUGAUGUUCAACUUUGGCUAUCUUAUGUAGUCUUUUGUAAGAAAUGGGUGAGUAUUUGGGCAGCUGUGUCUUGCUCUCUCUUUCCUUCUUUUCGACCCUUUUGGGUGCUCCUGCUUUGUACUCCGAUUGCAUAUCGGAGGCUCUGGGUGCUAGAGAAUGUCCCUGAUGUCCUCAUUAUUGAAUCUGAUUUUUCAGAGCAUAGUGCUAAGCUGUCAUUUUCUAACUUUUUUUAUUGUGAGCAGGUUUGUCUGCCAUUGUGGAUUUCUUGGGCAGAGUGGAGUGAAGGUGCCCGAAGCCAAGAAGACACUGAAGCCGUCUAUAAGAAAGCUAUCUUAGCUGUCAUGGGUGCCGACUCAGCCGCUCUGAAGGAUAAGUACCUGGAUUGGGCCUAUCGAAGUGGCGGCUACAAAAAGGCCAGAGCUGUGUUUAAAAGUUUACAGGAAAGCCGUCCAUUUUCAGUUGGUUUUUUCAGGAAAGUAAUCCAGUUUGAAAAGGAGCAAGAAUCCUGCAAGAUGGCGAACUUAAGGGAAUAUUAUGAGAGGGCUUUGAGAGAGUUCGGAUCUGUAGAUUCUGAUCUUUGGAUGGAUUACAUCAAAGAAGAAUUGAACCACCCCCACGGUAGACCUGAGAACUGCGGACAGAUCUAUUGGCGAGCCCUGAAAAUGUUGCAGGGAGAGUCAGCAGAGAUGUUUGUAGCCAAACAUGCGAUGCAUCAAGCUGGCCAGUUGUGAAAAGAGGAAGAACACAGCCAACUUUGUGAAAUUAUUGUAAGCCUUCUGGGUAGAUUGGUGUUAGGAAUUCACCUGCAAUUUGCUUAGAGAUUGCAGCCAAGGUGGCUGUCUGAUUUUGACACAUACUUUAAUUUUGUUAAUGCAUUUUUCUUUAAUUCCAGAAAAGGGAACUGCUGUUUAGUGGCCAGAAGCUACUUGUUGGGGCUGGUUCUACUGUAGAUCCUAAAUGUUUCCCAAAAUAUGUGGAAAGCAUACAACUGAGUUUGUUUUAUUACCCCCAGGUUAAGGAUGAAUAAUAUCUCUAGACCUAGGGGCCAGUUAAAAUG